CUUUCAUGUUGCCUCAUUCUUUUUAAGUUUAUACCAAAAAAAAAAUAAAAAACUCAGAGCUUAAAGCACAAGGACGGGGACUACAAACGCCAAGGAAUAACAAUAAUAACAAAGCCAAUACUUUUGAUACUGAUUCUUACAUAAUAAAGACCUACGCAAGUCAUGUCUAGUAACGCAGAAUCCAAUUUCAGAAAUGCAUUCAAAAACUUUGGAGCUCGAGGAGGAGUUGCUGCAGCAGAUAAUAGUGCAUCCAGCGGCAGUGGUGGUGGUGCAUUAAGCAGAGCAUCGGACUGGUUUGGAGGCGUUAGGAACCAAGUUUCGGGAUAUGUCCCUGUUUCUCUAGGAGGGACACCACAACAAGAGGAAGAUUGGCUGGGCCUGUCAUGGUUCCAGCGCAUGGCAGGAUUUGCGAUCUGUGUAGCAGGUGGAGUGGCAUGUUUCAUGAUUGCAUUCUUUGUAGGUCUGCCCUUGCUUCUUCUCAAGCCAAGCAAAUUUGCAACCAGCUUCACACUAGGAAGUAUUCUUCUCAUGUGCAGUUUCGCACUCUUGAAAGGACCUGCGACACAUUUCAAGGCAUUGAUUUCCAGAGAAAGACUGCCCUUCACCGGCGCAUAUGUCGGAUCGAUGAUCUUUGUAUUGUAUUCCAGUCUUGUGUUAAACAGCUAUAUUCUGACUAUCAUCGGGACGGUGAUUGAGAUUCUUGCAUUACUCUACUACUUUACUUCAUACUCUCCCUUCUCAUCAGGAUCCAUUCGACUAGGAUCACGCAUGGCUGGAAACCUUCUUCCUGUUUAAAAAAAAAAUAAAAUCGAGCAAAGAAAGAACCUGCAAAUUUUUACCAUUAAGGAAU